UUAAUGCAGCUUGGAUUAUGUUGUAGCAACGAACCACGCAACGAAAAGAGCGAAGCGCAUGUUUAUAUUGAUAUUAGCUUGCUAGCUUGCCAGUUACAGGUAGAGCUAACUGUAGUGAACUGAGCAACAGCAACAACGGCUAUUAUUCUUAAGCUUUCUGGAAACAGUCAACCUAGCUACAGUAGAGCUAGCUAAUAACUAGCUAAGCUAUGUCUGCAAUCAGCAGUCUGGUCCCAGCACGAUUCCUGACCCUCAUAGCUCACCUCGUUAUCGUGGUCACAAUCUUCUGGUCACGGGAAAACAAUGUCCUAGCCUGUCUUCCUCUGGAGUAUACAGAAGAAGAAUAUAAGAACGAGGACACCAAAUUGGUGGUGGCGUUGGCGGUAACCUUGGGUCUGUUUGGUGUAGAGCUGGCUGGCUUCCUGUCUGGUGUCUCCAUGUUUAAUGGCAGCCAAGGCCUCCUGUCCCUGGCUGCCCACUGCAGCGCCUCCGUGGGCCUGUCUUUCUUUGUGUUCCAGAAGUGGGAAUGCUGGACCUACUGGGUUAUUUUUGCCCUCUGCAGUGUUCUUCCAGCAUUUGUGGAAAUCAUCCUCUUCAUUGCUGUAUUCGGACUGAAGAAAAAGGCACUUUAACGGCUAUUGUAUUGGGAGAGACCUUUUUAAUGUGUCGUAGGAGCGUAGCAUUGAAGAUGCAACUAUGGAACUCUUGGAAGUAUGACUGCUUGUGACAGUGACCCAAAUUGGGGAAGGAAACAAGAUGCACGCGACGGAGGAGCUGACUAUAUACAGAGGCAGAGUUCUUCAAUAAAAUGCCAUGGGUUCAAAUGGAUGUAGAGAUAUUUAUGGCUAAAUAUAUGUUCAUAAAGUCUCAGUCAACCCUGUUUGUACUAGGCUGUCUAACGCCCAUUCCUGUUUCGUGUGACUAAGAUGGACGAUAUGGAUGUCUGUUGCUGUAUGAACGUGUUGUGUUGCUGAUUUUUUUUUUUUUUUACUAAUACAAA